AUGGUUAUAAGAUCAAAGAGCUUUGGCAUUAGGGUUUCUCUCUCUGAAUGGUGGUUGGUCGCUUCAAUUGGAAGGUGGCUAGAAUCUGUGGAUUUAUUUGAGAUUGAGGAUUCAUCUUUGAGAUCAAGUUCAUCUGCUUCUUCUUCUUCGUGGAAUUUAUAUCCUGAUCCUCAUUUGGGUUACGGUCAGGGUGGUUAUCCAUAUAGCUAUAAUGCCCAACAGCCUUCUUAUCAACCGUAUUAUGAUACCCGGCCUCCUCCUCCUCCACAAAAUUAUGACCAUGAGCCCCAUAAUAGUGGUAGAGUGCCCCGUCAAGACGAUAAGAUAAAGUUAGAGAGGAAAUACUCAAGGAUUGCUGAUAAUUACAACUCCAUAUAUGAGCUGACCGAGGCUCUUGCACGUGCAGGCCUUGAGUCUCCCAAUCUUAUUCUUGGAAUUGAUUUCACCAAGAGCAAUGAGUGUACAGGAAUGCAUUCAUUUAACAGAAAAAGUUUGCAUCACAACGGGAAUGGUCCAAAUACCUAUGAACAAGCAAUAUCCAUUGUUGGAAAAACCUUGGCCGCAUUUGAUGAGGAUAACUUGAUUCCUUGUUUUGGAUUUGGAGAUGCAUCAACACAUGAUCAAGAUGUCUCCAAUUUCUAUCCAGACGAAAGAUUUUAUGGCCAGGUUAUAAGAAGUAUUGACACUGAUCAAGCGAGGCUUAGUCCACAAGAACAGAAAACUAUGGAUGCCAUUGUUGAAGCCAGUGAAUUUCCUCUUUCGAUCAUGUUGGUCGGUGUUGGAGAUGGACCUUGGGACAUGAUGAAGGAGUUUGAUGACAAUAUGCCAGCCAGGGUCUUUGAUAAUUUUCAGUUUGUGAAUUUCACAGAAAUCAUGUCAACAAAAUUUCCUCCUUCACGAAAAGAGGCGGCUUUUUCUCUCGCAACAUUGAUGGAAAUUCCUUCUCAGUGUAAGGCCGCAAAAGAGCUUGAUCUACUAGGUAGUCGGAAGGCCAGUGCUCCUCAGAGAGUUGCCCUCCCAACACCCUCUUAUGGUUCAGCGUCUUUUACCACUUCAAAACCUUAUGGUUCAACAUCUUUUGGUGCUUCAAAACCUUCUCAUGCCACUCCUAGUUUUGAACAGAGUGCGCCUUCUUUCUUUGUUAUAAAAAGGACCCUGCAAAAACACCCAGAAAACAGUUAA